GUCGAAGGAGAGAGUCGAUACGAGGAUAUCUUGAGUAUAAUUAGACUGCAGUUCGGUCCAAACUCCGCAUUUUAUUCCGCUAUCGUACGUGGAGCGGUGAGAAAGUGCGCCGCGAACGGCGAGAAAAUUACCAUCGGUUACAGAUAUUCGCUAUGGAAAAGUACGAAGAGAAAUAAAUCGAGUGAAAUACGGAAUAAAACUACGGACGUGAAUCGGUCUUCGCGCGUGUAAAUUUGCCAAAAAGUAUACACAAAGUGAAAGUGUGGACGCCGAAUCGAAAAAUUUGAAGAAAGCUACGAUUGACUCGCGAGCGAACAAUCGCAGUAUUGUGUCGCGAAUUGAAUCGAUGAUCACGUGCCGAUAAUGAUGCAAAAGUAUAACGAUCAUUGAGAGUUUAUCAAGCCUGUAAUUGUGAAAAAAAUCGUUACUCAGAAGGGUGGCAACUGAUGCAAUUGUUCGUUUGUUCGAAGAAGAUAACUCGCUUGCGUCGAGAAAAAACAAUCUUUCGAAAAACGUUGAACUCGGUGUGAGAUUACCGAAUUUCUCGUGCAGCUUCUCUAGUUGGUUUGAAAUUUUCAACGCAGGCGCAAAAGAUUGUUGGAUUGAGUGCGCCGAUGAGGAUGAAUGAUCACGUGGGUGGGCGUAGCGUCGACCUCGCGUUGCCGAGGAGGAGUUCGGAAGAGUAUACAGAGGCUACCUCAACCUCGACGUCGGAGUUAAAGCCCCGGAAAAAAUCUCGCACCGUCUGGCUUCCCAUUGUCUGUGGGAUCUGCGUAGUGCUCAGCCUUCUUUGCGCUGCUCUCGUCACCUUCAUCGCAUUAUUGGGACAGAGAUACGACAUUUCCAACGCCUUCCUUGAUUUGAAAAGUGGCCGAGGAGUUGCAAUUAUGCCGCAGAGCGAAGCGUUUCACGAGGCAACGUUUCGGUUGCCGAAGGGGGUCAAGCCGAUUCACUACGAUCUAUAUCUCUACCCUGACCUACGCAAGGGAACGUUCACGGGAAAGGUCACUAUUGUGACGGACGUAGCGGAAAAGCGAGACUACAUUUGUCUGCAUCAGAAAGAUCUGAAUAUAAUAUCGACGAAAUUGGAGACGAUCGACCGUGCCGAAAAUUGGGCGAUAGAGAUUGCGAAAACUUAUGCCGUUGAGAAAUUGGAGACAUGGGUGAUCGCCGCUAAACAAGAGAUUCAAUCCGGACUCUAUAAUCUAACUAUAGAAUUCGAGGGCGCGUUGCAACCGGAUAAAAUCGUUGGCUUUUACUCGAGUACCUAUAAAGACGAGAACAAGAAAACAAGAUCCAUCGCCACGUCGAAAUUCGAACCCACCUAUGCGAGACGCGCGUUCCCUUGCUUCGAUGAACCGGGUUUCAAGGCGGAAUUUUCCAUCAGAAUCGUACAGCCAACAGGGGAUGGUUACAACACACUUUCCAACAUGAAUGUCGAGAAAUCUGAGGUCGAUCAACCCGCUCCGGGAUUGACAACGGUCACUUUUGCCAAAAGUGUUCCAAUGUCCACGUACCUCGCUUGCUUCAUCGUCAGUGAUUUCGUUGCUCUGACAGCGAACGCGACCGGUCUUUCGGGGCAAACUUUUCCCGUCAGCGUCUACACGACGCGAGCACAGCAGGAAAAAGGUGCUUUUGCCUUAGAAAUUGGAGUGCAGGCUAUCGAAUAUUAUAUAAAACUUUUCAACAUCGAUUAUCCACUUCCGAAGCUUGACAUGGCUGCAAUUCCUGACUUCGUUUCCGGUGCCAUGGAAAAUUGGGGUCUGGUCACCUACAGAGAAGCCAGACUUCUCUACGAUAGCGCUACGAGUUCCACGUCCAAUAUGAAAAAUAUCGUCACCGUUGUCUGCCACGAGUUUGCUCACAUGUGGUUCGGAAAUCUCGUAACUAUGGCAUGGUGGAACGAUUUGUGGCUAAAUGAGGGAUUCGCUACUUACAUGCAGUUCAAGAGUUCAGAUGCGAUACUUCCGGAAUGGGGGAUGAUGGAUCAAUUUUUGGUUGACGAAGUUCACUCAGUUUUCACAACCGACGCGACUUUGAGUUCGCAUCCCAUAGUUCAAACCGUCAGCAAUCCUGACGAAAUCACGGCCAUUUUCGACGUGAUCUCGUACAACAAGGGCUCGGCGAUUCUUCGUAUGUUGGACAACUUCAUCGGCUCCGAUAUUUUCUACGCCGGGGUAACCACGUACCUGAACCAGUACGCCUAUCAAAAUGCAGAGACUUCUAAUCUCUUCUCAAUUCUACAAGACGCGGUCGGUUCCAGUUUGAACGUUACAGCUAUCAUGGAUACAUGGACGAGACAAAUGGGAUUUCCCGUUGUAAAAGUUGUUAAAGAUGGCAACACCUACACACUGACUCAAAAACGAUUCUUGGCAGAUCCUGAGGCGGUUUAUGACCCCGCGGACUCCAAGUAUAGUUACAGAUGGACUAUUCCCAUCACCUACACGACCAGUGCUAGCUCUACACCAACUUUGGUAUGGUUCGACAAAGAUGCGAAUAAUUUGCAAGUUACUCUGAUCGACUCGGUAGACUGGAUAAAAUUCAACAAAGAUCAAAUUGGAUAUUACCGAGUCAAUUAUGAAAAAUCCGAAUGGGAGAAGUUCAGCAGCGUUCUGCGAUCUAAUCAUUUGGUGUUCUCCACUUCUGACAGAACUUCCCUCCUCGAGGACGCAUUCAGUCUCGCCGAAGCCACCGAACUCGAUUACGACAUAGCGAUGGACAUGACUUCCUAUCUCGCAAGUGAGACACAUUUCGUACCGUGGAGCGUGGCUGCUUCGAAACUCGUCAGAAUCAAUUCCCUACUCUCUUCGACUGACCUGUCUACUCGGUUUAGGCAUUAUGUAAAGAACUUGGUCGACAGUUCCUACCGAUCCGUUACGUGGGCGAUAGGCACCGACGAGAGUCACGUUACCCUGCGACUUCGAACGACCAUUUUAGACUUGGCGUGUACCGUGGGACACAUGCAAUGCUUGACGGAAGUCGGGACGCUUUUCACAAACUGGAUAAACGACGCCAACGAUGUUCGUCCUCAUCCCGACAUCAGAUCUCUCGUCUAUUAUCACGGUAUGAACUCCGUGGGCGGGGAAACCGACUGGGAUGCGAUGUUCGAGAAAUUCGUCAACGAGACAGAUUCGACGGAGAAGCUGAAACUGAUGUACGGUUUAUCGGGGAUCAGAGAGUCUUGGAUUUUGAGCAAAUUCAUCAAUUUGGCGAUCGACGAGAAUUACGUCCGAUCUCAGGACUAUUUCUCCUGUAUCCGCAACAUCGCUUCCAAUCCGGUGGGAACGGCAUUGGUUUGGGAUUGGGUUAGAGAAAACUGGGAAACGCUCGUUCAGCGUUACACGUUGAACAAUCGUUACCUUGGUCAGCUGAUUCCAGGAAUAACGAGUACAUUUUCCACCCAACUCAAGCUCGACGAGAUGAAAGCUUUCUUCGCCAAGUAUCCGGAGGCAGGGGCUGGAGCUUCGUAUCGGGCCCAGGCACUAGAGACCGUUUCCAAUAACAUUAAAUGGCUGAGCAGCAAUACGGCUAAAAUCGAUGCCUGGCUGACGUCCAAUUCACGCGCCUGAUUUCGUAGUUUAACUGUAACGACUGAAAUAAAGAAAAGAAAAAAAUGAAUGAAUGAAUGAAUGAGAAGAAAAACCGUAAAAGGUUGACGACUGGAAAAUUUGCUUCAACGAUCGCAAUCAUCAACAAUCGAUUCAAUUUCUGGGGUUGCUAAUUAUAGCAUAGUUUCUUCAUUUGGGAGCACGAACAGGACGAAGAGACACAAAGUACGCAAAGUGCCUUUCAGCGAUCACCAAAAGUAUCGUCGGUUGACUCGAAGCAAUAAGAAACUAAGAUACAUUCAUUGCCAUCGAAUUUACUAUUUUUUACGCCUAUUGUUGUUGAAGAUAAUUAUUGGAGACUACUUGUUUUCACUACGCCGAUUUGGCAAAUAAAUUUGUAUAAAAAAAAAAAAAAAA